AUGGGAUCAGUAGGAGUAGCAGCAGCAGUAGAAGCAAAUCUAGAAGAUGUAGCAUUAGUAGUAGGAGAAGAAAGUAGCAGUAGUAGUAGUCGUAGCAGUAGUAGUAAUAGUAGUCGUAGUAGUAGUAGCAGUAGUAGUAGUCGUAGCCGUAGCAGUAGUAGUAAUAGUAGUCGUAGUAGUAGUAGCAGUAGUAGUAGUCGUAGUAGUAGUAGCAGUAGUAGUAGUCGUAGUCGUAGCAGUAGUAGUAAUAGUAGUCGUAGUAGUAGUAGCAGUAGUAGUAGUCGGAGUAGUAGUAGUAGUAGUAGUAGUAGUAGUAGUAGCAGUAGUAGUAGUAGUAGUAGCAGUAGUAGUCGGUAG